AUGACUACAUCCGAUCUCCUGCAAGGCGUCAGUACCAACUUCGCGACCGGCGCCAGGACCGCGACAAACACCAUCAAGAAGACCACAAACAAAACAUCAACAGUCACCGCUUCCGCCACCUCCAACAACACAGCCGCAAAAAUGGACGCUAUCGUCUCACCAACUCUGUUCAAGCUUGUAAGCGCCGGCUACACUAUCAUGAACAAGGCCAAUUCCGCUCUCGAAUAUCGCGCCCUCGAAUAUGCGUUGUACUCCGCCAUGACAAUUCGGGGCACUGUAAGUGUGAUGAGGAUCUGGAAAGGCGCAAGGACUCCACCAGGAGUCGACCAUAACACAUGGAAGGCUAUCACUUGGCGCGUUAUUAACUGGCUUCAUAUUAAGCUUAAGACGAAUGUUGGUCUACGGAAAGAGCUAGAAGUUGCGAAGAAGCAGCAGAAGGAGCAUGAGAUGGAAGAGAAGGCGAGGUCUGAUCGUACUCGCCGGACUACACAGGUCGACGAGGUUCCAGACUUUGCGACACCUGCUCGCGAAGAGCCUACAGCAACACCAGAAGUGGUCCGCAAAUUGCGAGAGGCACUCAAGGAGACGAGUGAUCAACUGAAACGUAGCAAUGCGCUGGUCAAAGAGCUCCAGCAGUCUACGAGCAAGCCUGCGCACCAGAGUAGAAUGUCCACCUCGUCUCACAACUCCUCAACUCCAAAGCGAGAUGCACUGGAGGAUAUGGGGCAUCAACUUCGGGCGGCGCGACAAGAGGCUGUAGACGCCAAGAUGGAGGCUGCUUCCAAGGACGAGCAGCUACGCCUGGUGCGAGAAGAGGCCGAUGGGGCGAAAGCCAAAGUCGCUUCGCUACUGGCUUCUCGUGGUCAAGAGCCUCAGGCGGUUAGAGCUCAAGUGGCUUCCCUGGAGGCCGAGCUAGAAGCUGCACGACAAGAGACGCAGAUGGCUAACGUGGAACUCCUCUCAGUCAAGGAGCAAUUGGGUUGCGCGAACGAAGCCAUUAAAACCGCUGGAUCUGGCUUGGCCCAGGUGAAAGAACUCGUGGGGAAAGUCCAAGAAGAGAAGGAAGAGGCAGAGGCCAACGCAGCUUCUCUAACCAUGCAGUUGAAAGCGUCCCGAGAAGAAGAAGAGAAGGGCAGAGCUGAUGCAGCUUCGAUGGAGAAAGACUUCCAUGAGGUGCGAUUACGGCAUAGCAAGGAAGUCACCGCGCUCAAAGAGCAGGCCAAGGAGUGGGAAGGCAUCGCUGCGGAGGCGAAGGAGGUCAACGAUCAGGUGCAGACCGCUCUCAACGAGGAGAAUGAUGAGCUCAAAGAGAAGCUUAGGAAUGAGGCUGCUAGUCGCGAGACACUGGAGAUGGAAGUGAAGAAGCUGAAGUCGGAGACUGACGGUGCGAAAGCCACAGAGAUGGCUGUCACCGCGGCGAAGUCGCCCACUCCAUCUGAGACGCAAAAGCCACCGAGUGCGAUCUAUUCCGACCAUCCCCUCGAUUACCAGCCACGUCUCGUUUCCGUCGCCGGAGUUACAAGCCCAUCUACACCCCUUCCCACUACAUCCGCCCCUCCAGAAACUGCUGUCACGGCCUCGACGCCAAAGUCAGGAUACACACCCGAUCACGAAACUCUCAUCAAAGACUGGAACACCAGAGAAAUCGGGCUCCCGGUAUAUCUAGAAAGGUUGAAGGCACUGAAGCGAAAGUCUGAUGAUGAGGGCGAGACACCCAGACCGAUCAAACAGCUCAGACUUAGCGGCGAGAACACCGAGAUUCCGAUAGGAAAUCUACUGACGCCUGGCGGUGGACCGGCAUUCAAAUUCGCCGUACAAGAAGCAGGCCAAGAUGCACAGACAGAAGACGAUGGCGACGCAUCUAUCGACCUAUUCUGGGAUUCUUUCGAGGGCGACGCGGACAACUCAGGCACUUUCACAUACGGCUUGGGCGACGAAGUUGGCGCAGAGGCAGCAGCGCUUCCCAAUCAAGACGCAGAUAACGCCGAGACCAACACUCAUGGCGAUACUCUCGUCAUUGACGGCGAUACUCUCGUCAUCGACGGCGAUACCAUCAUCGAUGAAAGCGAUCACAGCAACGACGAUCUCUACGCCAUGCCUUCGCCGAGUCCAAAUAAGCAGCCGCCUCCGGUCGUCAGCGAUAUCCCCGACGUCGACAUCCCCGCCAUCGAGCUGACUCCAGCUACCAAGCGGAAGAUCAACGUCGACGACGAAGAAGGUUCACCAAAGCCGUCUCAGGUCCCGAGGACUAAGGAGGACCUUGGCGGUGAGCAGACGCUGGCUUUGGAGGACAUGACUCCAAUUGCCGUUACUCGCAAGCCCGCUGUCAUUCUGACACCGGUUAUGAAGCGGCUUUUCACAGAUGAUGACGGUGAGGAGCCGCCGCCGUCGUCACAGAUGCCACCUAGAUCGUUGCAGCGACUGCCUAGAUCAUCAAAGGCGUCGAGGACGACGGUCGACCUGGGUGAUGAGCAGACUCCAUCUCUGAACGAGAUGAUGACGGAGAACGUUGUUGAUGCGUCUCGCGAAGGAGACGAGACGACUGAAGUCCGCGGUCCACCCCAAGUUCCGGCCGAGAACGAAGAUGCUGCACCAGAAACAAACCCUACAACCGAAGAAUCAGCAGGCCCAAACACCAACACCACCACAACCCCCAACACCUCCGCAACAAACGUACCCAGCACCGCCCAUCUUGCGCCCCCGGCUCCAUCCCAAUCCCAGGCACCCAACACCAGGAGCACGCGCAACGCCGGCAAGCCUGUCGGAUCUCUCAACGAGAAUGUUUUGAGCAGAAUCUCGGCGUCGCCGAUGAAGGGUGAGAAAGAGACAGACGAAGAGGGUGCGAAGGGACGUGGCAAGUCACCGGCGAAGACCAGGGCAAAGUCGCCAGCGAAGACAGCGGCGAAGGCACCGGUAAAGGCACCGGAGAGAUCGCGAGUGAGCAGGAGCCCGUCCAAGCCGAAAGGUGAUAGAUCUUAG